AUGGACGAAGUGAAUGGGCCCUCGGGGGCUCCCGACGCCCAGCUGGAUGUCGGUGAUGCCGUCCACCUGCGGGUGGACCCCCGUCGCCGAGGAUAUGUUAUUGUAAGCUCAGCACUCCCUGCCUGCAGUACACACCACAACAAGGUUAAUACUCGACGACAGCGCACCUACGCAAAUGCUCCAGGCCGUUUGAGCCAUGCGAACAGGCUCAUCCUCAAACAUACGGAUGUCUCCGAGGCCGACCUCAAGGACUUCAUCUACACCAACACGCCCAAGGAGGGCUACGUGUUUGUUUCCUUUGCCAAUGUCGCCCAGGGCUACGCUCUCAUCAAAGAGAGCGAUCUCGAACUGAUCGAUCGCCCCCUCAGGGCGGGCGCCAUUGUUCACCGCGGCAAGAGCGAUUCCGUGCACGGGACCGUGCUCAAUGCCACCCGGACUCUCGAUCUGGAGUCUAUAAUGGUCCGGGUUCCUGGUGCGCCCCCGAACGAGCCGACCUUCCAGGAUCAGGGCGUUGUGGGCACCACCCCAACCAGCAUGUGGCGUAUCCAGCUGCACGAUAUCCCUGCCAAGGAGCUGCGUGGAUACGAUGAGUUUAAUCGUGAUGACUUUGUUCUCAUUAAUGAGAAAUUGGCAGUCAUUGAGAAAAUUAGCUGCGACUGCUUCGUGCAGCUCGUCGAUGGGACUGUAACCAAAGUCCCCCACGAUGCCAAGAUCAACGCCUGCGAUGCGUUCGCCAUUCCCACGACUCUGUCGCAGAGUGCCCUCGUUGCGUCCCCUACUACUGAGGAACAAGUAAAAAUGUCUGUGGAGUUGCAGCCUGGUGUAUGGUAUCUCCUACUUCGCCCUGACUCUCUUCAUCAGCUCCAUCCCGGCCAGCGCAUUCUUGGGUCUCCCGAUGUAUUCAGAGCGCUGCCGUUUCUCAAGGGCAGAUUUCACGAGGACAUCAUUCAGCAGCAUAAUUUCUUUGAAUGCAACAUCCUCGGCCUUGUGCCGGCCAAAUACCAGGUGCGCUGGAUUUGUACCAAUCCCUUCCUAGCAAAGGUUCCUCGCCUCGGCCCACUCCGAGAACAGAUUACCGCGGACGCCUUUCACAGUCGAGCUCACAAGGUCCUGCCGGGAUCUAGACACAUGGAUAAGGUUUCUGGUUGCACUGUCAUGGCUCCUGCGGACUACUGCGUCGGUGCCCAUGUAAUCUUCCGGAAUAUGUGCGCUGCUGGUGCUAAAUACCCUGACAUGGGAGUCUUUCCGACUAUUUUUGGAAAUGAUUUGAAUGUCUACACCGUUACAGCUACUAAAACACGGGUCCAUGUUCUCUGGGAGGAUGGAUCGCAAACAACCGAGUCCUCAAAGGAUCUCUGCGUGGGAAUCGCGCCGGAGUCGCAUGAGGAUGAGGAGGAUAUCCUCAUGCCAGGGAGUCUUGUGGCUGCUAUCAGUGGCAUCUCAGAGAGCAUGAUUCCUCGGGAGGAUAAACUUCUUAGUCUUUGGCUCGGCAAAGACUUGACGAACGACAAGAUCUCAUGCAAAAAGGUGGGUGUCGUGCAGAAAAUCCAGAACGACACGCAAACCGCGAAUGUCAGAUGGUUCGAAGAACCCCACGUGGAGCUGUUCCAGGGAGGAUCUAUUCUGGACAUGGCGUCUAUCUUUGGCGAUCUCGAGGAUAAAGAACAUACCGUCUCCUUGGAUUAUUUGGAGAUGUACUCGGCCCUGAACCGUCGUGUCGGUGACCUUAUUAUUUUUGCUCCCCCGAGAGUCAGCCAGGGCAUGAUCGACAAUGCAUCUGGGAUGUCGAAUAUUCCCGACGUUGGAUUCUGCCACUUGGAAUUUCUCUUUCCGGUGAAGCUUGCUGAUAUUACUGAGUACGUGUCCUCACUGCGAGUUCGACUUGUGGCGCAGAAGUGGUUUCUUGAUUCCACGAUGAUCGAGGCGGAGGAUCCACUUGGCAUAUCGGGUGUCUAUUUCCUCGCUCAAAUUACUCGUUGCAACCUGGAUGGCACACUGACCAUUGAACCUUUGGGUGACUACGGUGUCUACGGAAAGAGUCAUUAUGACUUCAAGAUUGACCAGGAGAGAGCUUUGCUCGCCAUCCCACGAGACACUGGUCCGGGUCUGUGCUUUGAUGACAUGGAAGAGACCCCAUCUGGGUCUGGUGAUGGCCAUGGUGACCGUGGUUCAAACGGUGUGUACAGUCUUACGGAUGUUUCUUAUUCGUCGAGUGACUACGACGAGGAUCACAUUGAGCGGAAUUCGGCGAUUCUUUCUCCUGGAGGAGCAGGUUAUGAGGCCGAUGAAUCUGACUUGUCUGGUGAUGAUGAUUUCGUCCAUCCGAGUCGCGACGAAUUGCUUCAAGAGCUCGCCCAAAGCGUACUGUCUACUUUUAGUCUCAAUAUUGAGGAAUCUCCCUCUGCUGAACAGACUGCCACUACUGAGCAGCAGCUUACCGCUGUUUCUGCAGCCAGUGAAUCUCAAGCGGUUCCGGUUGGCUCUUCAGAUGAUGAAGAGCAAGCCCAAAACUCCUCCUUUGGCCUCGAUGGGGUGAGCGAGACCAUAUCCGAUAUCCCGUCCAAUUCUCCUGACAGCGAACUCAUCAUCGAAGGGAUCCCGGGCACCCCUUACUCUCCCUCGAAGGUUCCUGACUACAGCGAGUCCUUCAAGAACAUUCCUUCACGUUUCCCCGAUGCAUUCUCUGUCCUUGAUGGAGAGCCUCCGAAGAAUCACCACUUUAUUGAUCAGCCCCAGGCUCUUCCCGAGGCUCUUCAGCGUCUUCACUGGGACUUCUCAAUUCUCCGUACUUCCCUUCCAUCUGACAUUUUUGUGCGAACCUGGGAAUCACACAUGGAUCUUCUGCAGGUGUUGAUCUUUGGCCCGAAGGAUACCCCCUACGAAUUCGUUCCUUUCUUCUUCGACAUUUACCUGGGCGGAAAAUUCCCUAACGAGCCCCCGGAGGUCUUUUUCCACAAUUGGAAGAACGCUACGUAUGAUAUCAACCCCAACUUCGAUCCCGAUAGCGGACAUGUCUGUCUUAGUCUGCUGGGGACUUGGAUGGGAUCAGCCACGGAGCGGUGGUCGAGAGAUUCAACCAUUCUGCAGUUGGUUGUUUCCAUCCAGGGUCUCGUCCUUGUGAAGCAUCCGUUCUACAAUGAAACUGCCUGGGAGUACAUGAAGUCUGACGGGAAUGAUUUCGAAUUUGCAAAGCUCUACCACGAGAAGGUGUAUCUUGCUUGCCGCUCACAGCUCUGCCACAUGGACUUCAAGAGAAUCCCUGGGUUCGAGGAUGUACUCGUGUGGUACUACGUUCCUGACCCCGACGCCGACUCCGAUGACGACGAUUUCCCGAACAACCCCACGCGUCGUCCCAACUAUCUGCACAAGGCUGCCGUGAGCCUCAAACGGGUGAUUAAUUUCCACAGCAUCAGCAUGGGUACGAGGAUACUUUUCGGCCUCGACAUUGGGGCCACUGAGUUCAUGGAGUGGUUCAGCAAGGAGGCGCUCGAGAAGAUGUGGCCGCUGUACAAAACCCUGCGGGAGAUCGAAAGGAAGGCUGUUACUGCUCUUGAUGCGGGCUCAGUUAGUGCUGGGGAGGUGGAUUUGGGGCUUGAGUAA